AUGAGUGAAGUGAAAAUGAAUACGCUGAUAGAAGUCAAUCGUGAAAAAGAAGAUACUGUUUUUCCCUUAUUAAAAACCCAAAAUUUUGUUAAUCAUCAGCAUAAUUCAGUCAAUAUGAUAACAAAUCAACAAGAAUUUCUUCCAACUACAAUCACAUUUUCUAAUAUUAAUUAUACAGUCGGUAAUGAAAAACUUCAAAGUAAAAUCUUACCUCCAUGGAAUGCAAAUGUAUUGUCAUUUUGGAAAUCAACAUUGCACAAACAGAUACUUACAGAUGUUUCGGGAAUUUUUACACCGGGAAUGAAUGCUAUUCUAGGACCAACUGGUUGUGGUAAAUCUACAUUACUCGAUAUUCUUGCGGAUCGAAAGGAUCGUCGUGGUCUAUCAGGAACAGUUCUUCUCUCCGGUCAACCUCGUCCAUCCUAUUUUAAAUAUGCUAUUGGAUAUGUUACACAAGAUGAUACAAUUAGUGAAACAUUGACUGUUCGAGAAAAUCUUCUUUUCUCGGCUAAUAUUCGUCUACCACGUUCGAUCAAUAUGUAUGAACGAAUAGAACGUGUCGAUCAAGUUAUUCGUGAUUUAGAUCUGCUAUCGUGUGCUAAUACUUUGAUUGGCACUGAUUUUGUCCGAGGUGUUUCAGGUGGAGAAAAGAAAAGAACAAGUAUUGGUAUGGAACUAGUCCUCUCACCGAAUAUUCUCUUCUUAGACGAACCAACCACAGGUCUCGAUGCUUCAACAGCACAAAAUAUAAUGACUUAUCUGUAUAGUUUGUCCAAACAAGGACGAACGAUAAUUUUCUCAAUACAUCAACCACGUUAUUCAAUAUUUAAAUUAUUUGAUACUGUUUUGUUCUUAUCUAGUGGUUACAAUAUCUAUUUAGGCUCACCUCUUGAAGUUCUGCCAUAUUUUGCUUCACUUGGUUUCACUUGUGAAGAGCAUAACAAUCCUGCCGACUUCGUUCUUGACAUACUUAUCGAAUCGAGUACACAUUCAGCAAAUGAACUUCAAGCAGCUUAUCUCCAAUCAAAUAUUGCCGAGAGAAUUCGAAAUGAGAUGCAAGACAAUCGAUAUAAUGGUUUAUUAAAACAUCACACACUUCCUAAAUAUAGAACCGAACUUUAUUAUAUUGCUGAGCGAACAUUCUGCAAUGCGUUACGACAUCCAGGAUUAGUGAUCUCUCAAGUGAUCAGUGUCAUCAUCUAUGGCUUAUUUACGGGUUUAAUAUUUAAACAAUUAGAGCGAACAAUCGAUCCCGGAGUGUAUAAUCGUUUCGGUGCAAUAUUUUUCAUUGUUUCAUGUCAAGCACUUAGUGCAAUGAGUGCAUUAGAACCAUUGAUCAAAGAACGUGCACUUUUUAUUCAUGAACAUGUGAGUGGUUAUUAUCGUGUCUCGAGCUUUUUUCUUGCUAAACUAAUGAUCGAUCUUCCAUUAGUACAUUUGAUACCUUGUUUAAUUUAUGCAUUGAUCACUUAUACUCUAACGGACCUUCAUCGAUCAACUGAUCGCUUUUGGUUUUUUAUAUUAACAAAUCUAAUGGCAAAAAUUUUUGGCGCAUCUAUGUGUUACUUCGUUGCUGCAAGUACUGCAUCGUUUGGUGUUGCACUUGUGAUGGUCGUCAGCAGUAAUGUAACAAUGAUGUUGUUUAGUGGAUUUCUUAUUGCUCUUGGAAGUAUUGUUCCAUUUCUUCGUUGGAUUCAAUGGAUAAGUGUGUUUCGUUACGCAUCAAAUGCUUUAGCAAUCAAUGAAUUUCGAAAUUUGACAUUGUGUUUUUCAUCUGAGUCGGAUAUUUGCAUAACCAAAGGCGAAGAGAUUUUGACGCGCCGACAAAUUCCACAUGAAACGACGUGGGAUCUCUGGCAAAAUAUCGUUGCAUUAUCUGGCAUUAUUUUGGCUUUUUUUCUCAUGGCUUAUAUGCAAUUGUUACGAAUGAAAAAGUUUCAAUAA